UCACGGCUGUCUCAGCUGCUGUAUGCUUGCUUACAUCUGAUAUUUCAUAAGCGAGUGGUGCUAGUGCAUAUCUUUCAACAAUCAUUUCACUAAAAAUAGCUUAGAGACAUGGUCAAAUAUUUGAAACUGGCGACGGUAUGGGCGAUUAUGGCAUUACUACUUGCACCAGGACGUGCUGCCAUCGACUAUUGCGGUGGAGUGAAGUGUGACGAAGGGACUCACACCAUGUGUAAGUUCGCCGACACGACACCGGGCCCCGAAUGCAAUAAGCUCGAAGGACAAGGCAUGAACAAGAAACAGAUUCAAGAGAUGCUACACACGCAUAACAGGUGGCGAGACUUCGUAGCCGCUGGGAGAGAAAAGCGAACGUCUGGCGGGCCAUUGCCAACCGCCGCCAACAUGGGCGUGCUGACCUGGGAUGACGACAUCGCCCAGGUCGCCCAGCGCUGGGCGCUGCAGUGUCAUUUCGGACAUGACAAAUGUCGUAACAUUCCGACCAUGAGGGUGGGCCAGAACGUGGCGAUGCGUGGCUCCAGCUUUAAGGGGCUGCAAAACCUCACCACUUUGGCAUGGAUGUGGUACAAUGAGGAGGUGCAUAUGUUCAACGCCGCCACCAUCAGCAGCUUUGUCUUCUCAUCCAACACGGGUCACUUCUCUCAGUGGAUUUGGGCUAAUUCGUAUAAGCUGGGGUGUGGCUACUCCGGGUACCAAGACGGCGGAUUUCACGACCACUUCCUGGUCUGCAACUACGGCCCGGCAGGAAACGUCAUGAGCACACCUGUGUACCAGCAGGGCAAGGUGUGCUCGGCCUGUCCGGAGGGUACCACCUGCGGGGGUGACGCGCGGUACCCGAACCUGUGCAGCGCCAAGGACGGCAUCGUGCCGGAGUCGGCUGCUGGGCCCCUGACCGGCGGCAAUCAGGAUAAUCCCAUGAUCAUCGUCUCCCGAGCGGCCGCGCGUCCCGCCGCCAUUCUCGGUCCGGUAGCCGCGCUCGGCUUCAUCGUGGCCACCGUCGCAUUGCGCACGAUGUAAACGGGGCAGCCCAUCAGAA